AUGACAACGUGGAUCUCCCUUGUUGUUUUAGUGCUGGCGUUGUCGCACUGCACAUUUUGUUCCCAAGGCGAUAUUUGCUAUGUGGUUGGGGCACAGACUAGCCUUGUGGACGAUCGGUUAUAUUUCAUGGGCGGCAACUAUAGCAUCGUGACGUAUGACGGCCAGCAGAUUGAACCCACUGGGUCUCUCUACUCCAUCGACCUAAACAGUCAAUUUCCAGUCGAAAGGCCUAUUCCCCAGGCAGGCUUCAACAAUGGUACCAUCGAUUCCAAGAUAACGGUAGCCUCUAGAAGUGCGCUAAGUGCAAUCGGUGCCGACACUACUAAUGGAGCAGUCUGGAAAAUAAACGACAUCCUCUAUGUCUUUGGUGGUGGCUUCGAUACUCCAAUCAACACGUUAUCGGCCUACAAUGUUUCGACUGGCAAUUGGAAAGACGUGACUGUGGCUGGUGGUGACUUCAACUUCGGAAAGCGCACCUCCGCUCAAUUUGCCAGUGCUCCCGAGUCCAGCCUCGGCUUUAUCUACGGCGGCAACACACCCUACAUGAGCGGCAUGCUACGUUUUGAUGCGUCUAACCCCGAUAAGCUCUCGUGGACCAACGAGACACUCUCCAAUGGGUCCUAUGGCGCCCAGGUGCCGAAUCUGAUUUCUGGUGCUUUAGUCUAUAUUCCAGCCGGAAAAGAGGGUAUGCUUAUUAGCUUUGGGGGUGGAAAUGUCACUGAAGGUAUAAGUCCUGACUCCGGCUGGCCGUACGAUGCGAACUGGAAUACUAUUUAUGUAUAUGAUAUUGCCUCCCACACAUGGUGGGUGCAAGAGGCUUCUGGAAAUCCGCCUGCGAACCGGGGUGCCUUCUGCACUGCCCUCACAAUCUCGCCCGACGGUGGGGCGUUCCACAUCACGACCUAUGGCGGAUGGAGCUUGGCUGAUCAGCGAUCAUACGAGGAUGUGAAUAUUCUUACAAUCCCGUCAUUUACAUGGAUUGAUGCUACAGAGCUAUCCAACCAGUCCAAUCGGGAAGAACAAGUCAACUCGACCGUCGGACGCGACGCCCUUGGAGGUGCUUGCCAGGCAUACCGAGGCUCACAAAUGAUCGUCCUCGGAGGCGAGAUACGUGCAGGGGCAUACUCGCUCACCAAAGGGGCUUGUAGCAACGUGUUUGAGCCUGUUCGAGUGCUGGACCUUUCCACGUAUAAAUGGCAGACAGAGCUGGAUACCAAUUCUAGUUACGAAGUGCCAGCGAUCAUCUACGAUAAGAUUGGGGGAAACGCAACCGGUGGCGCUACAUUGACGGUUCCUAGUGCUGGAUUCGCAGAUGCCACACUGGCAUCGCUUAUCCAACAGCGCGUUUCUACCCCCACAAGCACCUUUCACCCUUCCCCUUCCGUUAAUUCCUCAGUGCCGUACCAAAACAAGAAGUCUCACCACUCAAAUACCGGUGCUAUUGCUGGCGGUGUAGUCGGCGGCGUCGUAGGACUAGCAUGCAUCUUAGGAGUAGCAUGGUUCCUUUUCAGGCGCAGGUUUGGCAGUGAAAGCAAAGCGGAGGGUCUUGUGCAAGGCGGAAGGGGCAAGUCACGAGUACAAGAAAUGGACGCGAGACAGCUUCAUGAGGCACCUACACAUGGCGCGAUGUCUGAAAUGAGUGGACAAGGCGCUUUUGAGCUUCCUGGGACCAUAGCAGUUACCGAGCUUGGGAGCAGCAAACCUCUAACGGAGUAUUGA